GAAUCCCGCGGCGCGGGCACUCAGGAGAGUUAAGUCUCGGUUUUUCUGGGAACUGCUAUGCGGUUUUCGGGCACCGCUCCACCACACCCGGGUUUCCGGGGUCUCCCGAGGAAUUAAACGUCUGUGUUUGAUUAAACCCCUGAAAGAGAAGCUUCUCUCGCUAAGGAAUAUGAAAGGUUGGAUUUAAAUAGUUUAUAUUAAUUCAACAGCUAAUGAAGGAGAAGCAGCAUUCCAAAAGAAAGUAAGCGUGCUGUCGGGGUGAAGAAGAGAAUAUCAGCAUCCUGUAAUGUUGCUUGGACGCAGAGCAUGGCGCAGAGAGGGAAAGAAAUGCAGGCAAAGCGGGGGUCCUGUCGCCAGGGGCUCACGACAUCGUCUCUCCCGAGGAGCUUGACUUGAUCCUGUUGACACGAAGAGGUCACGGAGAGGCUAAAACAAGGUGCUACUAGAAUAAUCCUACCUGAGAAAGAAGCUCAGAGGAAGAGGAAAGAAAGAAGGAAUGGCCCUUUCCCAGGGACUGUUGACAUUCAAGGAUGUGGCCAUCGAAUUCUCUCAGGAGGAGUGGGAAUGCCUGGACCCUGCUCAGAGGGCCUUGUACAGGGACGUGAUGCUGGAGACCUACAGGAACCUGCUCUCCCUGGGUGAGGGUAACUCUUCUCCGGAAGUUGGAAGCCUUUCUGCUGGAUUUGCAAUCAAGGAGUUAUCACCAAGAGAGGACAUUAAUAAAGGAGAAUUAUACCAUCUAGUGAUACUGGACAGAAAUGAAAACCAUGGCAUCAAGGAUUUUGAGCUCAAGGAAGUCUGUGCAGAUGUGCAGGAGUGUGAGAGUGAGUGGGGAUGUGAUGCAAGAAAUGACAAAGAAGUACUUUUGACCCAUAACAAAAAUCUCAGUCAUGGAGAAGAUCACAAUAAUAAAUCCUUAAUUAAUUUUCCUCAGAGUGUUUCUGUAAGAAGUAAUACACGUGAAUAUUUCACGCAUGACAAGCCAUUCAUAAGAAGUUUGUUAACAACGAAAAAUAACGUCAGCGUUGCUGGAAACAGAGAUCUCAAGUGUUUGGAAAGUAGACCUGGAGUGAGGCUGCAGGCCCAGGCGGCUCAGCUGCAGAGAUUUCCAGCUGAGGAGAAAGUGUAUGCAUGUGGUCAAGUUGAGAAGCCAGUCAGCAGUGGUUCCUCAGUUUCACCCCUUCACAGAAUUGCUCCUAGUGUGGAAAACACUUUGUCACCUGCACAACACAGGAGAACACACUCUCGAGAAAAACCUUACAGCUGUAAUGACUGUGGGAAGGCUUUUAGCAAAAGCUCAAACCUCAGGAAUCACAGGAGAAUUCAUUCUGGACAGAAACCUUACAGAUGUAAUGUGUGUGGCAAAGCCUUUAACCAGUGUUCUAAUCUCACUACACAUCAGAGAGUGCAUACAGGAGAGAAACCAUAUAAAUGUCAUGUAUGUGGCAAGGUCUUUAGUCGAAAUUCACACCUUGCAAAUCAUCAGAGAAUGCACACUGGGGAGAAACCAUAUAAAUGUCAUGAGUGUGGUAAGGCCUUUAUCCAACAUUCACUCCUUUGGAGUCAUGAGAAAUUGCAUACUGGUGAGAAACCUUACAAUUGUAAUGAGUGUGGCAAAGCCUUUGCUGAGCGGUCAAGCCUUAACAAACAUAAGAAGAUCCAUACUGGAGAGAAACCUUACAAAUGUGUUGUGUGUGGCAGAGCCUUUACCAUGCGAUCAAAUCUUACUCAGCAUGAGACAAUCCAUACUGGAGAGAAACCGUACAAAUGUAAUGAGUGUGGCAGAGCUUUUACCCAAUUUUCACGCCUUACUAGGCAUCAGAAAAUGCAUGCUGGGGAGAAACCACACAAAUGUAAUGUGUGCGGCAAGGCUUUUAUUGAACUUUCACAACUUUGGGGUCAUGAGAGAAUUCAUACUGGUGAGAAACCACACAAAUGUAACGUGUGUGGCAAGGGAUUUACCCAACGUUCAAGCCUUAUGGCACAUCAGAGAAUUCAUACAGGAGAAAAAUCUUAUAAAUGUAAAGACUGUGAUAAGGCUUUCAUCCAACGUUCACAACUUUGGGGUCACGAGAGAACUCACACUGGAGAGAAACCAUACAAAUGUAAUGAGUGCGGCAAAGCUUUUACAAUGCGUUCAUAUCUUACUCAACAUAAAACAAUCCACACUGGAGAGAAACCUUACAAAUGUAAUCAGUGUGGCAAAGCUUAUACCCAAUUUGCAAGCCUUACUAGGCAUCAGAAAAUACAUACUGAAAACAAACAUAAACCUAACAUAUGUGGCAAUGCUUUUAUUCAAAGCUCAGGCUUUGGAGAUCUUCAGACAAUUCACAGCAAAAAGAAACCUUAAAAGGUAAUGAUUGAUACAUAACUUGUGCAAGUAUCCAAGCCUUACUCAGGCUGAGAGACUCCCAUCAUGGAAAAGGAAGACAUACAGAUGGCCAACAGGUGCGUGAAAAGAGGCACAUCCCUAAUCAUCAGGGAAAUUCAAAUCGGAACCACAGUGAGCUACCACCUCACACCUCUCAGAAUGGCUGUCAUCAAAAAGACAACAAAUCACAAGUGUUGGUGAAGAUAAGGAGAAAAGGGAACCCUUGUGCACUGUUGGUAGGAUUGUAAAUUGGUGCAGCUACUAUGGAAAACUAUAUGGUGGGUCCUCAAAAAAUUAAAAAUAGAACUGCCAUAUGAUCCAGCAAUUGCUCAUCUGGGUAUUUACCUAGGGAAAACAAAAAUACUAAUUCAAAAAAAUAUA